AUGCUCGGAAAUUUCACAAAAUCUGUCCUUAAAGUGAAUAAUUUAAGAGGUUCUGUGAAUCAUUGCAGAAUUCUAUCAUGCUCAUUCUCAUCCUCAAAUAUAAAUUACAAAGCCUAUAAAGGAAAGAUUUACAGCACAACACAAGAUGCAGUCGAUGAUAUUCCAAAUGGAUCUAAAUUGCUGGUUGGUGGAUUUGGCAUCUGUGGUAUUCCUCAAAACUUGAUUCAAGCACUUUUAGACACAGGAAAGACUGGACUUACAAUUGUGAGCAAUAAUGCUGGCACUGACAACUUUGGCCUCGGCAUUCUUCUCAAAGAUCGUCGCAUUAAGCGAAUGAUUGCAUCUUAUGUGGGUGAAAAUGCCGAAUUUGAACGACAAUACUUGAGCGGUGAACUUGAACUCGAAUUGACACCACAAGGAACAUUAGCUGAAAGAAUAAGAGCUGGUGGUGCUGGAAUUCCAGCAUUUUUCACACCAACUGGAUUUGGAACUUUAAUUCAAGAAGGUGGAUCACCAAUUAAGUACGGUGAAGGUGGAAAAAUUGUCAUUCCAAGUCAGCCAAGAGAAAUGAGAGAAUUUAAUGGACUUCCUUACAUUAUGGAGGAGGCAAUUACAGGAGAUUAUGCACUCGUUCGUGCCUACAAAGCUGACGAAAUGGGAAACUUAAUCUUCAGAAAAUCAGCAAGAAAUUUCAAUCCAACAAUGUGUAAAGCUGCAAAGAUCACAAUUGCAGAAGUUGAGGAAAUUGUGCCUGUUGGUGAACUUCAGCCUGACGAAAUUCACAUCCCAAGUAUCUUCGUACACAGAAUUGUCAGAACUAAGUUCGAGAAAAGAAUCGAAAGACUUCAAGUCCGAAGACUGGAUGGAGCACCAUCAAAAACAGCAAAAUCUCGCGAGAGAAUCGCCAAGCGUGUAGUUUGUGAAUUUAGUGAUGGAAUGAAUGUCAAUUUGGGUAUUGGAAUUCCAGUAUUGUCAAGUAAUUAUAUCCCAAAUGACAUCACAGUGCAUCUUCAAUCUGAAAAUGGAGUACUUGGUCUUGGACCCUUCCCAGAAGCUCACAUGGUCGAUGCUGAUAUGAUUAAUGCUGGAAAGGAAACAGUCACAAUGAUUACUGGAGCUUCAAUCUUCUCAUCUGAUGAUUCAUUUGCUAUGAUUAGAGGUGGACAUAUGGAUAUUACAGUUUUGGGAGCUAUGGAGGUAUCGCAGUAUGGUGAUUUGGCUAAUUGGAUGAUUCCUGGUAAACUUGUGAAAGGAAUGGGAGGAGCUAUGGAUUUGGUUGCAGCUCCAGGAACUAAAACUAUUAUUACAAUGGAACACAACAACAAAGACGGCUCACCAAAGCUUCUUAAGCAAUGCUCACUUCCAUUAACCGGCAAGAAUGUUGUUGACAUGAUCGUGACAGAUAAGGCAGUAUUUAAUGUAGACAGAGAGAAGGGAUUGACUCUCAUCGAAUUAGCAGAAGACAUCACACUCGAACAAUUGAAAGCAGCCACAGACGCUGAAUUCAGUAUUGCUGAGGACUUGAAACCAAUGCAACAAAUUUAA